GGAGCAGCAGCGCGUCCCCCCUCCAGCUCCAGCUGCAUGUCUGUGAGGAUAUUUUCUCGAUGCUCUCCACCUAAUGUGACAAUUUCAUACAACUGCUUGAAAUACCGGCUGAAGCAAUGGGAGCCUUUGGAGUGAUAAUAGGGAUUUUACAAUAUGCGGGACUUUAUAUUCAACUUAACGCGGCGCUCACCGUCGGACACGGGGAGGUGGAUAAUCAUAUCUCUGGCAAUGCUCUCUUUACAGAGGUGCCGCACGACAUCACGACGCAGAGCGGUGAGGACGUAGAGAUGGCUUGCUCCUUCCGCGGGGCUGGGUCUCCGUCCUACUCCCUGGAGAUCCAGUGGUGGUACAUCAAGGACCACGGAGACUGGCAGGAGAAGCCUGCCCACAUCACUAAUAAUGUCGUGCACAUGGAGGAAACGUCCAAAGAUGCCACCAAAAUUAGCGUGGUCAAAGUGGCCGGCAGCAACAUCUCCCACAAGCUCCGUCUCUCCAGCGUCAAGCCGUCAGACGAGGGCACGUACGAGUGCCGCGUCAUCGACUUCAGCGGCACCGUGGCGCAGCACCACCGUGUUCGCGCCUACCUCCACGUGGAGCCCGAGAGGGGUCAGGGGUCGGACGGCGCCAAGCUGCAGGAGCCGGGGCACCACCAGCACCCCCAUCACCAACCAGAGGCCAGGGAGCUGAAGAGGAGAUCAGCUGGCAGCACCACUGACUGUAAUGAGAGCUGUGUGCUUUAGAGCGGGCAGUCCGCCUGUCUGUCUGCAUGUUCCUGACUUCUCUCCAAAGAGGGCCGGUCAUCAACACACACACACACACACACAGAGUCAAGGCAUCAGACGUAACAGGACCCUUUGUGUUCCACCGUUUGUUUGUGUAUCUUUAGUAUCGCUGUUUGGAUGCCAGUGCUGUUGAAUGCCAGUAAAUGGCACGAUUUUAUCAACAGUGCAUACGAUUGUGUUCUUUCUGUUGCUUUGUUGUUUGUCUCUGUGCUUUUUCCUAUCGCGUUCAGUUUGUGUUAAUGUGGCAUUAAGGCUGUGAUAACAGAGAAGUUUUACUUUGUUAUUUUAUCCAGCGGGACUCUUUCGGUGGCUGAGCACCCGGAACCUUUCCUCACAAAGUUACAGUUUAUGGCCGUGGAGAGUCAGAAAUCUCAUGGAUAUCAUCAAUAACAAUUCAGACACAGACAGAGAACAGAUUAUUUCCUUUGCAAUGUGCCAGUUCUACUGUCUUUUACCAAAACAUGUGCCAAAAGCUGCAGUAUCUCAAUGUAAAUGCUUUCUAAGGAAUAUGAAUAAAUUGAGCUUUUUCCAUUCAUCUGGAAACUUUUCAAAGUGCAUUGAUUUCAUUUAUGUAAUCUUUGGUUAAACACUGUCUGUAUUUAAAUUUCUAUCCCACCACUAGAAUGUUUGUCAUAAGAAAAAAUGUAUGCCUUCAUCACAUCAAGAUAAUAUCUAUAAAUUCUUGUGUAUACUCCAACUGGG